CUGCGCCUCUCACAGACCAUCAGAGACGCUGGAAGAAAAACCCCAGAAGCGACAAAAACCUUCAUAUUUACGGGAAACAGCUGGAAGAUGAGUUCUGCUCAGAGUCUGGAGAACAGCCUGAAGGCCCUGCAGUGCCACUUCACCUGGAAUCUGGAUGCCAACCGGAGCAAAAUCCUCCGUGUCAAGGAUAAGGUGGAGGACAUCGGCACCGAGGAGGGGAACUUCUGGCUGGGUCCCAUUUACAACCUGCAGGGGUUCAUCCAGAACCAGCUGGGCUCCCCUGAAGAGGCUCUGAGCUCCUUCAACCAGGCCACUGAGACCUUCCAGCGGCAGAAACACGCUGAUGAAGGUCCCUGGUUGACGGUGAACUUUGGCAAUCUGGCUUGGCUGCACCACCUGAUGGGUGAAGAUGAGAAGAGUCAGGACUACCUGUCAAAGGUGGAUGCUCUACAGAAGAAGAAGGAGGAGCUCCACCCAGAGGUGUGUGCUGAGAAGGCCUGGACCCUGAUGAAGUUCGACAAAGAGAAGGAGCAGCAGGCUGCAGAGCUCUUCCAGAGAGCCAUCCAGAUGCAGCCAGAUGUGGUGGAGUGGCAGAGCAGCCGUCUGAUCGGGCUGCUGAGCUCCAUCAAACACUCAGACGUGCCCCCAGACGCUGACGUCCUGGAGGACCUGAGAGUUGCCAGAGCAGAGGAUCCAGAAAACUCGUACCUGGCCGCUGUCGACCUGAAACAACGAGCCAAGAGAGGCGAGCGAGUUGAAGAUGAAGCCCGGGAGCUGUCGGAGAAGAUCCUACUGGAUCCCGUCAGCAGCUACAGCGGCAUCAAGCCGCUGCUGAGGAUCUACAGACAGACCGACUCCUACGACGAGGCGAUCGACGUGGCGGAGCGGGCCCUGAGGACGGCCCCGGAGUCCCGCUACCUGAAGAGGUGCGCCGCUCUCUGCUACAAAUGGAAGAUCGUUUUCUCCAGGGAUGGACGCCUGAAUCAGAGCACGUAUGACCGGGCGAUCAGCCUGCUGGAGGACGUCAUCGCCCUCUACCCCGGGUCUUCUCUACCAAAGGAGGUGGACCUCGCGAGCGUCUGGGCCAAGUCCGGACGGGGACUGAAGAGACCAGACCAGAUCUUCAGGGAUCUGCUGCAGAGGCCUGUGGAUCCUGCAGACCAGCAGAUCAUCUACAACGGCUACGCCAAGUACCUCAACUUCGACCGAAAGCAGUGGGACGAGUCCAUCCGGUACCACAUGAAGGCCGCCGCCAUAAACCGGGAUUGCUUCAGCCGGAUGAACAGCAUCAAGACGCUGGAGAGGAUCCGGGACCGCGGCAGGUCCAGAAUGUGCCGGCAAAUCCAGGAGUUCCUGGAAAACCUGGAAGGAGUCCAGACUGUGUGAACUCCAGAUCCAAAGAUCGUCUCCACCGUUUAAAGGGACGGAGACGUCCGAUUAAACACAAGAUAACAUCUGCUCAUCUGUCUAGUUCACAUUUCAUUUAUAUUUCUAACUUCUGGUUUUUAUUCUGGUGUAAACAGUAAAAUAUCAUAAAAAGAUUUAAGGAAUCUCAAUCAGUUGUCAGUAUUUUUCAGAAAUGACUCUAAAUGUAUUGCUUCAUUGUUUCUUUGUGUAAUUGUCAGUUCUCUGGCUUUGCUGAAGUAUUAAAUAAACACAAUACUAAACAUU